AUGGAGAUACUAUUUGACUAUCUAGAGGAGGAUUCGUGGAACGGGUUCAUCGAUUUGACUCCUCGGACACCAUCGUCUUCUCCAGAGGCAUGCUCGACAAACUAUUUACCGGGGUUUGUGAGGCCCAUCCACACGACGAUAAGUGAAGCUCAGUAUGAACACCUUUUACUACAAGGGGCAUUGACCCUACCAAGCUUUCCACUUCAACAAGCCCUAUUACAGUCAUUCUUCGAAUGUGUGUUACCCAGUAUGCCAAUCAUAAACUGGCAGACCUUUAUCAAUAUUGUGAGCAACAAAGACGGUGGCCAAGGCCGGAUAAGCUUGCUUCUGUUCCAAGCAAUCAUGUUCUCAGCAACCGCCUUUGUCAACCUUGACCAUCUUCAAAAAGCUGGCUACUCAAGCCGAGAGGAGGCUCAUGAAGCUUUCUUCGAAAAAGCACAUCUUUUAUACCAGUCGCACUACGAAUCCGAUCCUCUCACCAACCUUCAAGCCCUCCUUCUCAUGACACACCGUGCCAAAGCCACAGACGGGAAAGAUAGUCGAUAUUGGAUUGAGGUUGCUAUUUCACUGGCACUGAUGAUGGGGCUCUUCCGAGACCUUCCCAGCGGCUAUGCUGGGCACCACAGUCAGAAACUUCACAGACGAAUUGCCUGGACAUGUUACACGGCGGACUCCUUGAUUUCGUUCAGGCUAAGAUGCUUGCCGCUGAUCAGAAGUGUCGAUUUCAACCUUUCCAUGCUCACUGAAGAGGACUUUGACUUUAACCACAUACCCAUGGAGAGCCGACUCUUGCUUCCUGGGUGCACUUUCAUUCGGAAUCUAGAGGUCCAAAAGUCCCUGGCCAGUAUCUGCAUUUCGCAGGCCCAGUUAUGCUUAUGCAUCAGGAGAGUUUUGAAUGUGCAGGCCAGGUGUAACUCAACGGAAUUAUCUUCCGAGCCCACCGGCAAGACACCAGAUUCUCCAAACAAACACCACUCAGAUUAUCUCACCAGUAUUUGGAUGUCUCAGAAGGCAUUGGCCGAUUGGAAAUAUUCCUUGCCGCCCAUAUGUCAACGCCCCCCCACGGUCUUUGGGUUCAGCAGUGAUGAAAGUCCGAUAGUUGCUGUCCACCGCAACGUUUUGCAUAUGGUCUAUCAUGGGGUGGUCUGCGUACUAUAUCAGUCCCAAAUAUUUCAAUCGUCGGCCUCCCGCAUGCAGCAUGCAGCUCGACAGAUUACUGAGAUUGCCAACGAGUUAGAUCAGAUGAAGACUCUUCAUUCGCUCCCGAUUAUCGGUUCUACAACAAUACUGAUUGCGAUGAUAAUCCACCUGGCAGAGGUACAGACCUCUUCUCCCGUAAAGCAAGGGGUGACCAUGAGGGACAUUCAAUCAUGCAUUGAACUGAUGAAAAGGCUGCAAGAUGUGCAUUCAUGUAUGGACAUUGUCACUCAUCUUAUACUGACUACCCUCCAAAGGUGUUCCCCGUCAUAG